AUGGCUGGAAUACCUUAUCCAUAUUUUAACUGGGGUGAUAGUAUUCUGGACUUUCUUGUGCAAUUUAAACUAGACUUGCAGAAUCGGGAAAUAGAUCCAAAUGAUAAUAUAGCAGGUCCUCUAAUAGGAAGAGAUAAUGUAAUAGGACAUUUAAGAUCCUGUAUGAGAGGAAGGACUUUAGAAUGGUUUGAUGAUGAGAUUACUAUAAAACAGAAUUGGAAGCUAACUAACUUACUUGAUAAUACAAGGCAGGUUAACUUAGUUGCAAUUCUUGAUACAUAUGAAAGCGCUAAUCCUUUCCCUGAUACACUUACUAGGGAAAAAAUAAUAAGAGUAGUUAUAAAAGCUUAUGGGCCACCUCCUAAAUCGCAAAAGUCAGAAAAGUUGCAAUCAUUUAGAAUCAAUAAAUUAAAAUUAAAAAUAGAUAAAAUUGGUCAGAUGACAUCUAAGUUUGGUAGGAUAACACUUAAUGAUUAA